AUGUCCACCCCCGCCCACACCGUCCUCUACACCUCGGAGCUCCUCGAGCUCAUCCUGCAGCACCUAGACACGCGCACGCUGCUGACCUCCGUCACGCGCGUGAGCCGGCGCUGGCGCGACACGGCGUACCUGUCGCUGCCGCUGCGGCGCCACGCGCUCUUCCUCGAGAGCGUGCCCGACUCGGCCCGCGGCGCGCUGCUGCCGCUCAACCCGCCCGGCGAGACGACGGCCAACCGCAUCAAGCCGGGCGACGCCCUGCCGCGCGAGCUGCAGCCCGUCGUGAACGAGUUCCUGCUGCGCACGUUCCGGCUGGGCCGGUACGACGAGCCGGACAUCGAUCACGACGGCGGGUACAUGCCCAUGGUGGCGGUCAAGGGGUUGGAGCAGCUGGCCGAGGCGGAGGAGGAGCGAAGGCGGAGGGGCAGCGGCGGCGCUGCCGUCGUUGCUGCUGCUGCGGAAGCCGCGGCCGCCGGGGAGGAGAAGAAGCGUAAUGAUGAAGGAAAUGCGCAAUGUGCGACGGCGGCGAUUACCGGCGAGCCUACGUGGAGACGGAUGCUGAUCAUACAGCCGCCUCCGAGGAGGGUUGAGAUUGUGAUUUAUGGGUCCGACAUGUUUCAGAGCGUCAAGGCGUGGGUGGAAUGUCAAGAAGGCGUGACGCUGGGAGUGUUAUAUGACAAGUGCCAGGAAAUGGUUCACGGACGGGGCUGGCGCAAGAGGUCUAUGGGAUGGUUCUUCGAACUGUGA